ACAAAAAAAGAGGUAGCCGGGAAGGAAAAAGAGAGAGGUGAGUCAGAGAAAUCAGAGUUGGGGAAUAGGAAGGAUGAUGAUACAUUCGCUAUCUUCUUCUUCUUCCUCACUCACCGUCCAAAACCCUAACCCUAGCCCUCUCCAUUCCUUCACCAGAAACAAUGGUUUCAGCUUCAUGAAUGUCUCUCGCUUCUCUCCGACGCCGUCUUCCGCCAGGAAGAAGCUUUCUCUCAAGUGCCGUCAGAGCGAGUACUUCGACAAGCAGCAGAAGUUCGCCACCUCCACUGUUCCCAACAACUCUUCCUUCUCUUCGCAAACUCCCCCUAGAGCUGGUCAAUUUCCGCCUAAAUAUUUUGUGGGACACUCGAUAUAUAAAGGAAAGGCCGCUCUUACGGUAGAGCCUAGAGCCCCAGAGUUCACAGCUCUAGAUUCCGGGGCGUUCAAACUAUCCAAGGAAGGUUUUGUACUGCUUCAGUUUGCUCCGGCUGCCGGUGUUCGUGUUUACGAUUGGAGUAGAAAGCAGGUGUUCUCAUUAUCAGUAACAGAGAUUGGUAGUCUAAUUAGCCUCGGGGCUAGGGAAUCCUGCGAGUUCUUUCAUGAUCCUUUUAAGGGAAAAAGCGAGGAAGGUCAGGUCAGGAAGGUUUUGAAGGUAGAGCCUCUUCCUGAUGGAUCUGGCCACUUCUUUAACCUCAGUGUUCAAAACAAACUUAUUAACUUGGACGAGAAUAUUUACAUCCCCGUCACCAAAGCAGAGUUUGCGGUUCUCAAUUCAGCUUUCAACUUUAUCUUGCCAUACCUUUUAGGUUGGCACGCCUUUGCAAAUGCCAUAAAACCAGAACAUACAAACCGCGGGAAUAAUGCAAGUCCUAGAUAUGGGGGAGACGUUGAGUGGAACAGAUAAGACUCAUUUUCCAUCGCCGGCAGUGGUGAUCAUUCGCAGUUGCGGGAUCUACAGACAUGGUGCUAAGAAUGAGCUUUAAAUUCGGCCUUUUCCAUUGUAUCUAUUUUCCCCAAAAUUUUGGCAAUCUCUGUGUUGAGUGUUUUGUCGUGGAAGGUAGAAUAGAUAUUUGAAGGAGUGAUGUACCGUUUUGUUGUACCUUGUGUCUUUUUAUGUGCUUAUUUGCCACAUCUGUGUUGGUGGGAGAAAAGAAAACACGACUAAAAUUCAUUUGUUUACUUUACCCUAAAAUAUGUUGUUUUUCCAAGAA